AUGGGAAAAUAUUCAUGCCAUUCAUUGCCACCAUUCAUCUCUAAUUUUUUUUAUGCCAAGAACAUCACUUCCAGUACCACGGUAUCGUCGUUUUUGAAUAGUUUUGGGGAAAUUGGCAAUGCAGGACAAUCGAAGCGAUUCGGACGUAAACAUGCAGCCGAUACGAAUAUUUUGGAUUUAAUCAAUACACUGUCGGAAAAAGUUGACAGCAAUGAUGAUUUUUUACCGAAUUCUUUAUCGGAUAUUAAUUCAACCGUGGCAGUAUUUCCUAAUAGCACUGGUCCAACUUCUAAUUCUGUCUCAUCGAACAACAAUAAAUCCAAUUCAUCAAGUACAACAAACAAUUUAUGGGGAUCAGAUUUAUCCGAUCCUAGUAUUGUAGAUUCCACUGGUCAAGUUGGUGCUGGUGGUGCUGUUGGUGUUGGUGUUGGUGUAAAAACUCGUCUAGAAUCUGUGAAAGAAUCUAAUCCAACCGAUGCUCUUGGACUUGGUGAUUUGGCUAGUUUAACAGUAGCUAAUGAAGCUGAUUCAGGUUUAAAUGGUGAUGUUUGUGAUUCAAAUUUACCUGGAAGCAAUUAUGAAUCAUCCAUGUUGGGCGGUUCUGUCAGUAGUAAUGCUCAAGUAGAUAGUGGAGCAAAUAUUUCAUCAACUUAUUCAACUGGUCGUCGACCAUGGGUCCCGAGGUAUACACUUCGUGGUCACUUUGACGGUAUUAGAAGUGUUGCAUUUCAUCCUACUGAACGAGCUGUUUAUACAGCUGGUGAAGAUGGAUGUAUAAUGCUUUGGAAUUUGUUAAAAACUGGACCUCCUGGAUCGGCUAUCACCCCAGGAAGAGCAGGUCUCAAUGCUGGGCCAGUGGAUGAAUUGUCACCUGUACAUGUUUACUGUGGUCAUAAGGGUCCUGUUUUAUGCGUGACUACACCUAGUCCUAUGCUUUCAUCAACUAUGAAUACGGCUGUAUAUUCCGGUGGUCUAGAUGGAACAGUUCGAUCAUGGCGUUUACCGUCGGCCUCUAAUGGUUUAGGUUUGAUUGAUAUAUAUGCUCCUCAAGAAUUAGACAUUGUGACUGGUCCAGUUUUUGACAAUUCAUCAUCACCUGUUUGGUCAAUUGUUGUACAUCCAUCUAGCCCUCUGUUACUUGCUGCACAUGCAAAUGGUUGUAUUGAUUUUUGGUCUACUGUAGAGAAAUUGGAAAAUGAUUCACCAAUUGCCCCAGUCCUCUCAGUUCAUUUGGAUCGUUUAAUUAAACCUUUAGGUGCUAAUGAACCACAACUUGGCCGGCCGACAUGUCUUCAUUAUUUGGUUAAUCGUCCAGACUCAUUGAAUGCGUCUCAAUGUGUUGUCGGAACUAGUACUGGUUGGUUAGCGCUGUUAGACGUUCAAACUGGUCAGCUGAUUAAUCAAAUACCGCCAGCACCACCUCUAACUACUACUUCUAGUCGAGAUGAACAACCAUUGAAUAUGGCCGAUAUCCCAGUGGCAAGUGAAUAUAGUUUACCUAAUGGUUGGACAGAACGUGCACUCAAUGCAUUAGGUUCACAUCAAACAUUAUCACUGGUUAUUGGUGCACAUGAAGAUCGUUGUAUACGAUUCUAUGAUAUCAAUCGAAUGUCUGAUCGUUCUGCUGGGACAAAUUCUGCAUGUGUAGAUGCUAUGGUAACACAUUUGAAUGCUGUCACAAGUCUUGCAGUGGAUCCUCAUGGUUUGUAUUUAUUAACAGGAAGUCAUGAUGCUUCUAUACGUGUAUGGGAUGUUGAAACACGUGCAUGUAUACAAGAAAUGACUAAUCAUGGUUUUAAAUAUGAUGAAUCAGUGCAUUCCGUUGCAUUGCAUCCUCAACUUCCAUUAGCAGCAAGUGCUGGAGCUGAUGCGAUAUGCAAAAUUUAUGUGACAGCGUCAUGAUGAAUUGUUGUUUUCGUUUUCUCUAUUUGACUGACACAAAGGAUUUGAUGAAUGAAUUUCAUUAGUA